AUGAUAGUGCCAGAGAUUGUCCGUCGGCGCAAUGCCAUCUUGCAGGACGAUCGUGAUUUGAGCCGUGGACUUCAUCAACGACACAUCUCGCUCAUCGCCAUCGCAGGAGCCGUCGGCACGGGGCUCUUCCUGGGACUUGGCGCUUCGAUUCAGACCGGAGGACCUCUGGGAGCGUUGCUUGGCUAUCUUACCGUCGGCCUGAUGGUCUGCGCCGUUCAGUUUGCGCUGGGAGAAGUCACGGCACUGCUGCCCGUCACGGGGUCCUUUGUACGACAUGCCGAAUUCCUCGUGGAUCCGGCGAUGGGCUUUGCCAUCGGCUGGAACAUCGUCUAUGGCAAUUGGCUAUCGAUCCCAGCGGAGAUCUCGGCGAUAUGCGUUUUGUUCCAGUACUGGACCGACGUCAAUUCGAGCGUCUGGAUCAUUCUCGUAAUCUGCUUGACCUUCAUUGUCGGCAUCUCGCUGAUUCGCGUGUAUGGCGAGGUCGAGUUCUGGUUUGCCUUGCUCAAAAUCGCCUUCAUCAUAUUUCUAAUCAUCCUCGGACUUGUCAUCUCCCUUGGCGGUGUCCCCGGCGUUGAGCGUCGAGGUUUCCACUACUGGAAAACUCCAGGACCGUUCGUUGAAUACAUCGGAAGUGGUGCCUGGGGCAACUUUCUUGGAUAUUGGGCUUGCAUGGGUUCAGCCGUGUUCUCCUUUGCAGGCACGGAAUCUGUUGCUAUGGCCGCUGCUGAGACGCGAAACCCCAGACAAGCUAUCCCAAGAGCUUGCAAGCGUGUCUUCUUCCGAGUCGCUAUCUUCUACCUCCUAGCAGUCCUGGUCGUUGGCAUGCUCGUGGCCAGCGAUGACCCUCGGCUUGACGAUCAAUCAGGCACGGCAGCUCAAUCACCAUUUGUCAUCGCUGCAUCCGCUGCCGGAAUCAAAGCGAUCCCAUCGGUCGUCAACGCCGUUGUGAUUACUUCCGCAUGGUCCUCCUCAAACCAGGCGCUGCUCGCUGGAACUCGUGUACUCUAUGCGCUUGCGUUGAAGAAGCAAGCGCCCAAGGUUUUAUUACGCACAACUUCAUGGGGAGUCCCGUACGUCUGUGUCAUGGUUCAGACAGCUUUCAUGUUCCUCGCAUUCAUGAGCCUGAGCUCUGGAGCACUAACUGUGUUCUACUGGUUUGUUAACCUCACGGCUUGCGGUGUCCUCAUCAGCUGGAUCUCCAUUCUCAUCAACCACCAGCGUCUGAUGCUUGCGAUGAAGAAGCAGGCAAUACCAUACUCGGCCCUGCCAUGGCACAAUACAUGGACCAGAUUUUCUACGCCAGUUGCACUGGUUCUUUCUGUGGUGAUUCUGUUCACAUCUGGCUUCUCCAACUUCACGAGAGGGAACUGGUCAUCCUCGGGAUUUGUGUCCAGCUACCUCGACAUACCUCUGGUACUCACAGCGUUUGUGCUCUGGAAGUUCUUCAAGAAAACCAGAUUCGUCAAUCUUGCUGAUAUUCCGCUGAAUGAAGCUUUAGACGAGAUAGAGAGAAAGCCGGAGGAGCCAGAGCCGAGACCAAAAGGAUGGCUGAGAUGGGUGUCGUUUCUAUGGGAUUGAGCUGAUAUACAUCGACAGUUACACGAAUGCAUCCAAACCCGCAACCGCAAUUCACUCCAGUCCAGCUGAAGUCGAUCUUGACAUUCCCAAUCUUUCUGCGACCUGCAAUCGAUCUAUACUUCCGCCAAAUAGCUUGCUAUUCUGCUUCCUGGUAUACGCCAUGACUGACGCUGGUGCAUUGCCGUGAGGACUAUUAGGAUCAUCCGGAUCGUCGACCUCCCAGAAUGGCUUCUCCUCGAUUACCUGCUCGCGCGGUUCGAUCGGUGGCUCGCUCCCAUCAUUGGCUUUUCGUGCCAUGUCCUCGCGGAAUUCCUGCUCCGCUAGGUAGAUCAAUUCUCCGACGCUCGCUUCUGACGAGAGCUUGACGGCUUCUACAACCUCAUUCGCCACAUCUCUACCAAAGUCUUCUCCAUACCAGUACUGUUCUCCCAGCGGGUUCAGAAAGACGCCCCACCACAUGACCGCAAGCAAAGAGAUCUGGUCACCUUCUUUGAUGGCUUGGAUGAAAUCAUCACCGGCAAGCGACAGCCAAGCGAGUACAAAUCCUCGGUGCUUGAGCUCGCCACAGGUGGAAAAAUGGUAUUCCAACCACCAGAUGGCGUUCUUGCACGACAGGUAUCGUCUAUCCUCGGGCAAGGGCUCUAUCGGUCCAGGACUGGAAUACCCUUCGUCCGACAUUGGUGCCCUCGCCUCAUUCAUCUCGGUGAGAAGCUGUAUAGCUCUUGCUGCUCUUGGACUGUACCCUUGCUUGGGAAGCCGGAGCAUAUCUGGAAUCUUCCCAAAUAGUUUAUGCUCUUUGAUGCACUCUGGGCGCUUGAGCAUGACGACGGUGAUUCCUCUGACCAGCUCGAAAUGGAUGAUCGUAUUUUGUAUCAUUCCCUCUUUCAGCAACGGCUGCGUGGACGAUGCAAGGGCCAGCACCAUUAGUAUGAUCGAGCAAUACAACAACGCAUCAUGAGCCUCUACGUCAUCCAUCAUGCUUCCUUCUAGGUCGCUACGAAACUUUUUGAAAGCGAGAGUCUGGUAGUCCAGAGCGGCGCUCAGAUGCUGUGGCGCUUCGUUCGGCCUGUCGUAUGCUAAAUGGAAAGACGUCAAAGCGAACAUACUGUUCAGAAGGAAGUCAUACUUCAUCGCAAUCUCCGGCAUAACAUUCCUCCAGAUCUCUCGAUCGUCGGCGAUCUCGGAGACCAUGGUUUCGCAAGUGACCGUCGACCAGCGAUGCAUGAGUCGAAGUUCCGGGAUAUGUCUGGCAGUCGACAUUGAGGAUAUCGAGCUGCUGAGGGCCGAGAUGUCCGAACCAAUUGCAGAAGACUUGGCAUGGUUGGAUGGCGGAGACGCAGUGUGGUGCGAGACAGUGGCCGGCGGAAAGCUGCAGUCUGUGUCCCUGAUCUUGCAGUUUGUGCAUGGUGGUCCGCUCUCGUCACCUAUGCAAAUCAUUGUUCCCUG